AUGGCGUCUGGUGGUGCGAGAUUGAAGAACGCGGUGGAUGUCGAGGGUUCAAUCUGCGACCUAGAGGAAAAGGGUGAGCUAUUGUCCCGGGAAUUGCUAGAACUUACUCCCAGAGCGAAAUCGACAAAGAAAUCGAACGAAUUUGACUUCGACGAACUGCUGAAAGAGAGGGACAUUUUACGACGAGACAGACUUCAUGAGAUUACCGCUGGUGUAAAGACCAGAGACAGACUUCAUGAGAUUACCGCUGGUGUAAAUACCAGAGACAGACUUCAUGAGAUAACCGCUGGUGUAAAGACCAGAGACAGACUACAUGAGAUUACCGCUGGUGUAAAGACCAGAGACAGACUUCAUGAGAUUACCGCUGGGGUAAAGACCGGAGACAGACUACAUAUUGUUACUGCUGGUGUAAAGACCAGAGACAGACUUCAUGAGAUUACCGCUGGUGUAAAGACCAGAGACAGACUUCAUGAGAUUACCGCUGGUGUAAAGACCAGAGACAGACUUCAUGAGAUUACCGCUGGUACCAGAGACAGACUUCAUGAGAUUACCGCUGGUGUAAAGACUGGAGACAGACUUCAUGAAAUUACCGCUGGUGUAAAGACUGGAGACAGACUUCAUGAGAUUACCGCUGGUGUAAAGACUGGAGACAGACUUCAUGAGAUUACCGCUGGUGUAAAGACCAGAGACAGACUACAUGAGAUUACCGCUGGUUUAAAGACCAGAGACAGACUUCAUGAGAUUACCGCUGGUGUAAAGACCAGAGACAGACUACAUGAGAUUACCGCUGGUGUAAAGACCAGAGACAGACUUCAUGAGAUUACCGCUGGUAUCAGAGACAGACUACGUAUUUUUGCUGGUGUAAAGAUCAGAGACAGACUACAUAUUGUUACUGCUGGUGUAAAUACCAGAGACAGACUUCAUGAGAUUACCGCUGGUGUAAAGACCAGAGACAGACUUCAUGAGAUUACCGCUGGUGUAAAGACCAGAGACAGACUUCAUGAGAUUACCGCUGGUGUAAAGACCAGAGACAGACUUCAUGAGAUAACCGCUGGUGUAAAGACCAGAGACAGACUACACGAGAUUACCGCUGGUGUAAAGACCAGAGACAGACUUCAUGAGAUUACCGCUGGUGUAAAGACCGGAGACAGACUACAUAGUGUUACUGCUGGUGUAAAGACUAGAGACAGACUUCAUGAGAUUACCGCUGGUGUAAAGACCAGAGACAGACUUCAUGAGAUUACCGCUGGUGUAAAGACCAGAGACAGACUUCAUGAGAUUACCGCUGGUGUAAAGACCAGAGACAGACUUCAUGAGAUUACCGCUGGUGUAAAGACCAGAGACAGACUACAUGAGAUUACCGCUGGUGUAAAGACCAGAGACAGUCUACAUAUUGUUACUGCUGGUGUAAAGACCAGAGACAGACUUCAUGAGAUUACCGCUGGUGUAAAGACCAGAGACAGACUUCAUGAGAUUACCGCUGGUGUAAAGACCAGAGACAGACUUCAUGAGAUUACCGCUGGUGUAAAGACCAGAGACAGACUUCAUGAGAUUACCGCUGGUCUUAAAUGCUUUGAGCGUCUGGGAUAA